UUUUCUUAAAUGUAAAUAAAUAAAAAUUUAAAGAAUUAAAUAUUUAAAUAAUUAUAAAUGUGAUAUAAUUAAUUGUGUGUGAUAAGAAAAUCUGAUAAUUUUUUAAGUGAAAAAUAAUAAUUUAUUAUAAUCAUAGUAAUAAUAAUAAUUUAAAAAAUGCAAGCAGCAAAUCAGGCAGAAAUUCUUCGAGCUCAUCAGCGAGACGAUGAGUUUCUCAAAGAAUUAGAUAAAAAAUUAAUGAAAUGUUUGAGUAAAAUAAAAAACAAAAAAAUUUUAACGUUCUUACAAAGCAAUGCUGUGAGAUUGAUGUAUUUUAUGUUUACAUCUGGGUCAGGAAACUUGACUUUGGGAGAAGAAUAUACUGGAAUAACACAGGCCAAUAUACGAGACAGAAAAAUAGUUCCUAUAAAUGCGAGACUUUUGUGUUUACUCAUGGAAAUAUUUGGAGAGAGAGAACUGAUUAAAAUAGUGGACAAGUUUAAAAAUUCCGUGUCUGCUAGCACUGAAAUAAAUUAUAAAGAUGAUUUAUUAAAUAUAUUAAAUAUAUUGAGACGUUUUAUUCCAGUUGCUGUUGUACUUCAAAAAUGUUUGUUCUACCUGGUGAACUUCCGGUUCAGCAUAAGUCAGCAAAUUACUGGCAUCGACUACGCGAAGAUUUCUGGGAUGAGUCCAACAAAUGACGUCAACUUGGGACUGAAAUUGCUGGGAUUGAUAAGUCUCGUUCAAUGCGCGUUGCAGAUUCGGCAGAGCAGCAUCAGUGAUGAUCAGGAUGAUGAACUCCAAGCUGGAAGUGACAGCACCAAUGAAAGCAGCGUCAAAUGCCAGCUGUGUUUCAGUACAAAGCCAUCGGCAGUUACUCCAUGCGGUCAUUUAUUCUGCUGGAACUGUCUUGCUGAAUGGGUCCGGGUCCAAUCGCAAUGUCCUUCUUGUCGCGAACAUGUUACGUCUUCUAGAAUUGUUCCUUUACAUAAUUUAUGAUUUUUUGAUUUAUUAAUAAUCAAUAUUUUAUCACAUAGUUUCUAAUUUAUAAAACUAUUUUUAUUCUGAUAACCGUACGUUCUUUUUAAAAAUUUGCUGUUCAGUUUACUGUCAAGUUUUUGUUGUUAUACAAAUUUUGACAUCCAUUAUUGUAACGCAAGUUGACGGAAAGUGUUACCUGAUAAUUAAACAACAAAAGUUUGCUUUAAAUUGACAAAAAUUGCGGGAGAAUUUGAAGAGUAAAAUGUUUACUUUCAAAUUGAUGACAAGUUUGCGUCAAUUUGUACAUUCAAGUUUUUGCAGUCAAAUUUGGGUCCUGGAUUUUGUGUCAACUUGCGAUCUAUUUGGCUAUCAGAUCAUUAAUGUAGGGUUGAAGUAUCAUUUGUAGCCACAGCUCUAUUUUUGGACAUUUAAGGCUGGGCCGCACCUAACGAAAUCUCGAAAUCUCGAAUUUAAAAAUUUUAAUUAUUUAUUAAAAAAUUAUCAUAACAGCAAUUUUCUUAGCUUCCGACUAAAAGCAGAAGACGAACUUCCUCGGACGAUUUUUAUCAUUCAUGUUCCCUUAAUAUUUAAGACGUAAUUAGAAUUAAUUAAUAAAGUAUUUAACAAAACGUACGCAGUAAUAGUGUGACAAAAGUAUUUUUGAACGCAUUUAAAAUUAAUUAUAUCAUUGCGUAUUUAACAAAUUUUUUAUUUUAUUUUUUCACGUGUCCAAAACUGGACAAAAACGAUAUCUCUAUUGUAUAUCAAUUAUUUUAAAACCAAAAAUCUCUUACUUCUAGGCCAAUAAAUUUAUCAUUAAUAUAAAAAAAAUUUUUAAAUUCAUACGAAUGAU